AUGCUCCUUAAAUUGAUAUCCAAAUUUUCUGUUCCGACACUUCACUUUCAAUCUCGUCCUAUAUUAUCACAAAAUAAAAUUAUGACACUAUAUCCAACCUUAUCACCAGAAGCAGCUUCAAGAACUGCAAACCGUUCCAGCAUGAUGUCGGUUGCUUCUACGGUUGAAGCCGAAAUAAAUUCCUGGUCGUCAUCUCCUAAUGAACCUUCUACUCCUGUAAAUGAAAUUGAGGAAAUUAUACCAUUAAUAUCUAUUAACGUCGAGCAAGAAAUUCAUAGAGUUGCUUAUAAAACGUUACAGCAAUGUAUUGAUCUAUUAAGAAGUUUAAAUGAUGAUAAAAGUUAUGUUUAUGAAAGUAAAUUUAUCUCUAACAGUACUAUCGGGAAACAUGUAAGACAUUUCUAUGAACAUUUCCAGUUACUGCUUGAGUCCAAGCCAUUGAAAGCGAGAAGAUUUGUAUCAGAACAUCUGAAUUAUGAUGAUUAUCAUUAUGAAGAACCGAAAGAAGAUAACACAAAACUUUGGACUGUCAAUUACGAUGAUAGGUCAAGAGAUAUCCCAUUAGAAACGUUACGGCAUACAGCUAUAAAACAACUCGAACGAUUACAAGAUACAAUUUUAAAUGAUAGCAUUUUGAUACCUCUUCAUACCCCAAUACAAAUUAAUACCACGGUUGAUUCCGAAAUGUUUAUGGAUCCAAUCCCAUUACAAUCUACUUAUGGCAGAGAAUUAUGGUUUUGUUGUCACCACGCGAUUCAUCACUUCGCCUUGAUUAGAGUCAUUUGUAUAGAACAAAAUAUUGAAGUUCCUGAGGAUUUCGGUGUCGCUCCUUCCACGCUUAAGAAAAGAUAUGAAUUAGAGCACGUGGAAAAAGAGCAAACCGACUAA